UCUUGUGUUUAAAUCUGUGAGCUGGACUUCUACACACACUGUGAAUGCUGUGUUGUACGUAAAACAUUUGAUCGAGGAAACUUUGAGCAAGGGUGGGAUUAAAAAUCUGUCAAAACACCUAGUGUGCAGUUAGGUGGUUAGUAUGCACCUGCUCUAGGUUUUGCCCCUUUGCAUUGUGGUUUCUCCCCUGAUGGUAGGCUGAUUUGAUUCCUCAGAAGCCUGAGGUAAAUUCUGCUCUUUAGACAUGAGGCCAUGGUUAACCUAUUUAACAGCAGAGGUAAAGGCGUCCGAAAGUUUGGUUUUAAGAUUUCAGAUUUUAUACACAUCAUGCAGGUCUGCAGUGAGACCUGAUUUUAGAUCAUUACUUUACAAAGCUCUAAUCCCACAGCCAUCUAAAGGAUUAUUCUGCCAUUAAAUGAUUGCUUUUGGAAAUGGAGCACUGCUGUCUCUCUCUCUCUCACACACACACACACUGUCAUUAAAUCAGUUCAGAUGUUCACUCUGAAACAUGGUGCUGACGGAACAACAUAAGAGCUAUUCAUGGUUGGGUUUUAAAUUGGAUGUGUUGACAUCAAUAAGCAGGUAUGCUGUUUUUCUGGUCAGCCAAUAACCAUUGUUUAUUUAUUAUUCUUGUUUGUCAGGAUGAUAAAGUCUUUGUGAUGGAAGCGGAGUAAUGAGAUUUAAUUCUGUCGUCCUACAAAGCAAAUUGCUUAAUUUCCCAAAAUAUUACUUACCAUUUUGUUUUUAUUUCAGACUUCUUACUCUGACAUGCUACAGGUGGAAUAGUUCAGCAAUGUUUUUCUGUAUAGUGUGGCUCAUGGUCCUGCCUUAUGGCAUGACUCUCUGGGCCUGCUCUAGUUCCUGUCCUCCCAGCUGCAUGUGCACUCAGGAGAAGAGCUGCACUGUGCUCUGUGACCGGCUCAGCAUGGUGGAUCUGCCCAGAGAGUUCCCCUGUGAGGCCACCUCUAUCAACCUAGAGAAGAACAGCCUCAAAUUUUUGUCAGAACGUGCUUUUGGAACACUUCCUUCUCUCAAGUCCCUCAUCCUGGACCACAACAACAUCUCCUUCAUCACACCAGGAGCUUUCAAAGGACUUCCCAACCUGCUGGAGCUCACGAUGGCCAACAACGAGUACAUCCGCUACCUUCACACACGGACCUUCACCUCCCUUAAACGCCUUGUGCGCUUGGACCUUUCUGGCUGCAACCUCUUCAGCAUGCCUGACCGCAUUUUCCUGGAACAAACCUCCCUCAGAGAACUAUUCUGCUUCCAGAACAAUUUCAGGCGCAUCCCAAGUGCUAUACGAGGAAUGGAGAACCUGACACAUGUUUACCUGGAGCGCAAUAAGAUUGAAGCAGUAGCAUACAACACUCUGCUGGGAUUAUGCAACCUCAAGUUUCUGAACCUGCAGCAGAAUCGCAUCAGUGUCAUCCAUGAUGAAGCCUUUAAGGACUUGAGACAACUACAAAACUUUUACCUUAAUGACAAUCUGUUGGUUAACUUGCCAAGGAAUUCUUUCAAAGGCCUCUGCCAUCUGAAGAUGUUAAAUCUGGGUGGUAAUCUGCUCACCAAUAUCUCCAACACCUGGUUUGGGGACCUGGUGGAACUGGAGGUACUCUACUUGGACCGGAACUGUCUGUCCUUUAUUGACAAUGGUGCCUUUGACAAUCUGACCAGCCUCAUUACACUGCAUCUAAACAGCAACAAACUGACUUCUCUGCCUUUCCCCAUCUUUCAGCCCAUCUACUUCAUCGGGCAGCUUUAUUUGUUUCGUAAUCCCUGGGAGUGCAGCUGUGAGCUGGAGUGGCUGAAGGAGUGGAUGGAGAAGUAUAAGCUAGUGAGGGAUAUCCCCUGUGCAUCUCCCACUUCAGUAGCUGGUCUGGAUCUAAGCACUGUGCUGUACACACGUGUGAAUGGUACUUGCAUUGACCCAGCAGAGCUGAACCUGACCACAGCUGGUCCAGAUUACAGCACCACACAGAGCAAGUUCAACAGCCUAAUCUCUAAACUGAUGAACCAGGAACUUAGGGAGGAUGUGAAAAACUAUACUGAGGUUCAGAAGAACGAGACAGUGAUAGAUCCAGCAGAAGGUCAGCUCUCAGCUGCUCACAGGCCUUGUAGUGUUGGCUUGGUCCUGUCAUUACUGCUACCAUUGCUGUUCCUCAUCCAAACUCAGACAGGCUGCCUAUUAGACCUUGCUAAUUCUUAAUGAAGGCCUGGCUCGGGUCUGGAGGAAGACAUUUGCCAAGACACUUUUUGGACUGAAUGUUCUGUAGAUCAGAGAUUAAGCCUUCCUUCAGAGAGGGAUUGUGUGAAAAGGAAAGAAAAUCCAUCAACUACAAGACUGGAGAAGAUUUAAAAAAAAAACAAAAACCCACAUAGUUUGAGGACUGGCUCCGGUCUAUUUUGUUAAUGAAAACCAUCGUAUAAACAAGUUCAUUUUAAAUGUAGUGAACUUUAGUGAACUCUGUAUACAGUAUCUGAUACAAUUGAAA